GCGCGGCAAGGAGAACAAGGGGUCUGUGGAGAUCAUGAGAAAAGACCUGAACGAUGCCCGGGACCUGCAUGGCCAGGCCGAGUCUGCCGCGGCCGUGUGGAAGGGACACGUGAUGGACCGCAGGAAGAAAGCCCUGACCGACUACAGGAAGCUGCAGGCAUUCUUUGCUGAGGAGGAAGAGCGUUUUCUGCAGGAGGCGGAUAAAGAGGAGGGGUCCCCGGAGGAUGAGGACGCUGACCCUGCGGAGCGCUUUGGGUCCCUGCUGCAGGCUGUGUCGGAGCUGGAGAGGAGGCACCGCAACCUGGGCCUCAGCAUGCUGCUCCAGUGAUGUCUGCCCCCGGCUCCAGCCCCAGGCCAAGAAGCUCCACCCACCUGGCCUGGCCCUCAGCUGCUCCUCCAUUGCCGCCUUCUGGACACGCAGCAUCCUUCACCCACGAGGGUCCGCACCUGGGUGCACACGCAGGACGCAUACCGCAGGUGCCCGCCUUGGGUUGUUCAAGACAGUGUCCCUCAGCAGUGUCCCUGUUCUCUUAUCCUGUGGGUGUUCAUGUUCCCCAGGCUGUAAACGUUUUACCGUAGAGACCUGUAGCAGGGGUAUCGUUGGCCCUGGUAUAUCAUGACUCUUCAUAAAGCUCUUGUCGCUGCC